AUGGGUCCUCCGAAUACGAAAUCAACCCGAAAUCGAAGCUCGCCCUCUGCGGCGGCAGUUAUCGUCGGCAACGAUGAUCUUUUGAUUGAAUUGCUCCUUUAUUUACCCACAAAAGCCCUAAUCCGAUUCAAAUCUGUCUCCAAGCGUUGGUUCUCCCUAAUCUCCAGCUCCCAUUUCUGUCUUCUUCACACUCGCCGCCACCGCCCUACCACCGCCGCCUCCGCCCUCUGCCUCCGCAAAUCCCCUUCUGAUUUUUACAUCUUACCCCUUUUCACCAAACCAUCAAAGAUGCGAAGUUUUAAAUUUAAUCUCACUUCUGAUGUGAUCCACGAAUCUAUUGCAGCCGCCAACCCCAAUUUCCGGACUAAAAUUUUACAAUCCUGCAAUGGAUUGUUUCUCUUAAAAGUACCACAAAAUACACGCAAUCUCCCCGGUGAUUAUUAUGUUUACAAUCCUGCCACCCAUCAGAACAGAUUCCUUUCCCUCAAUUUUUUGCCUCAGAACAAUUCCCAGAGUCAAAGGCGGCAGGGAAUUUUGGGAAUAAACUUGGCUUAUGAUCCCUCAAACUCGCUUGAUUAUAAGAUCAUCUGCGUUUACCCUGAUCCUUGCUCUCUGUAUGUAUAUCAAGUUGCAGUUUAUGAUUCCAAAAUUCAAUCUUGGAAGCUUGGCAAUGGGGCAAAAAGUUUUCUUAUGCCUUAUGAUGUUAAGUUUUGUGACGGGGUCUAUUGGAAUGGUAAAAUUCACUGGAUUAGAGAGAAGGGCAGGAAAUUAUAUCAUUUUGAUGUGGAUAAGGAUUCUGUUGGCCGGAGUAUGAGACUUCCUUGGGAAGGAAGAUGGAGGGGUGAUCAUGUGAGUGACACUUAUUACUUUGGUAACUCAAAUGGCCACCUGCAUUUCAUUACAAUGUACUUGAACCAAUCAUCUGAUUCCGAACUGAGGAUCUUCGAGAUGGAAGAUGAUUGUUCUGGUUGGUCGUUGAGGUAUCGUGUGGACUUCAACGAUAUUGUGUAUGCAUAUCCGGAGAUGAGGAGGAGGGAAGUUGAUUUGAGAUAUGGAGAUACAAAUGACUCUGCCAUUUCUGUGCUUGGCGUGGUCACCGGUGAAAAUGGCGAUUCGCUGCUGGUGUUUCAUGUUCCUGGAAAGGUUGUCGCUUACAAGUUGAAGGAUAAGAGUUUUGUUGACAUUGUUAAUUUGAGGAGGCAUCAUUUUUCCAGGAAGGGUUUGCUAAAGUUUGGAUGUUAUGAUGCUUAUGAGUUCAUUGAGACUCUUGCCCCUGUUUAA